CCGCAAGUCUUCUUAAUUUCAUAAACGUUCACUCAACAAUUAUGAAUCUUCUUGUACUCUGGACGGUCAUCGUGCUGGGGCUGGGCCCCCUCGCGGACAGUACCGAGGACGCGGGGCUCCGGGGGCUCCCGGAGAAGGAGACCCGAUGUGCCGCCCUGGUGCAGGCCGCACUGAAGGAGUACAUAAAACUUUACGAGGAGGGACUCCAAGAUUCACCAGAUGUGAUGAAUCUGAUAUUGACAAGACUGGGAAUCGCUCGUAACGGCACAAUGAAGACCAUAGAAAGGAACGUCUUUAAUAACACCGAUGAAACGGGACAUGAAACCGGAAAAAAGACUGUUGUUGAGAAGAUGACGGAGACUGACGUAGCACCCAACGGAACUGUAACAAAGACUUCGGAAACCACGGUCGAUAUAGAUGAGGACGGUAAACAAAGUGGUGAAAAAUCUGUGACCGAAAGUGAAACCAUGACGGGACAGACUCCAGAUAAUGGGACCAUAGCACGAACAGUGGACGUUAAAAAGGUACUGGACGAAGAGGGCAAUGAAGUAAAGGAGGAAGUUGUUAUGAAGAAGGAAUUGAUAGUACAACCUCCCACCAAUACGACUGAGGAAAAGCCGCGGGACAAUGAAGACGCAAAUCUUAUCGGUCCAAAAGUAGGGGCGGACGACAAAGGUGAAAACAAAACCGAGUUAAAACAUGAUGCCUCAGGAAAGAGCGACGGACUUCAGAAAGCAGAACUAACAGAGGAAAUAAAGGAGAUUCUGCCCGGCAAUAUAACGAAUGAAGUGUUAGCAAAACAGAAAGAAGAACAGCUUUCUCCACAGGAAAGCACUAUUGUGACAUCUGUGGAAAGGAAGAAUGUUACAGAGAAGGAUGAUGGACUUGAGAAAGUAGAACUGACAGAGGAAAUAAAGGAAAUUCUGCCCGGCAAUAUAACGAAUGAAGUUUUAGCAAAACAGAAAGAAGAACAGCUUUCUCCACAGGAAAGCACCAAGGUGACAUCUGUGGAAAGGAAGAACGUUACAGAAAAGGAUGAUGGACUUGAGAAAGUAGAACUGACAGAGGAAAUAAAGGAAAUUCUGCCCGGCAAUAUAACGAAUGAAGUGUUAGUUAAAGAGAAGAAAGAACAGCUUUCUCCACAGGAAAGCACUAUUGUGACAUCUGUGGAAAGGAAGAACGUUACAGAGAAGGAUGAUGGACUUGAGAAAGUAGAACUAACAGAGGAAAUAAAGGAAAUUCUGCCCGGCAAUAUAACGAAUGAAGUGUUAGUUAAAGAGAAGAAGGAACAGCUUUCUCCACAGGAAAGCACCAAGGUGACAUCUGUGGAAAGGAAGAACGUUACAGAAAAGGAUGAUGGAAAAGAUGUCGAGAAAGAAACUGUAAUUCAAAAAGAAGUCGAAAAGAAUGUGUGUGAUAGCGACAUCAAUGAGGUUCGUAACGAAAAACAUCUUAAUGAAACAAUUGAAGACUUGAAACACCAAGUUGAUGACGUGAAAAACAAGAUUAAGGAAGAAAAAGAAAAGGCUGAAGAAACAAAUGCUACGCGUAGCCCAUGCGUCGUAAAAGAACCAAGUGCUGCCCCUGUCAUUCAAGAAGGUAACGUCGUUGAAAAGAUAGUCCCUGCUGUGACGCCGGCGAAGGUUGCCGAAAAGAUUCAUCCUACGGUGACGGAAGGGGAAGUCCCCGUUGAGACAAGAGAGAAGGUUGUUGAGCAGGCUGCCCCUUCGGUGACAGAGGAGAUCGUAAGUGUCUCUAAGGAGCAAGAAGAAGUCCCUGUUGUGGCAGAAGAGAAGAAGGUUAUUGAAAAGAUUCAUCCUACGGUGACGGAAGGGGAAGUCCCCGUUGAGACAAAAGAGAAGGUUGUUGAGCAGGCUGCCCCUUCGAUGACAGAGGAGAUCGUAAGCGUCUCUAAGGAGCAAGAAGAAGUCCCUGUUGUGGCAGAAGAGAAGAAGGUUGUUGAAAAGAUUAUCCCCUCGGUGACAGAAGGAGAAGUCCCGGUAGUCCCUCAACAGGAGGUUGUUGAAACAGUUGCCCCAUCGCCGACAGAAGAGAAAGCUCCUGUUGUGACACAAGAAAGGGCUAUUGAGCAGAAUGUCCCACAAGAAAGGGUUAUUGAGCAGAAUGCCCCACAAGAAAGGGUUAUUGAGCAGAAUGUCCCACAAGAAAGGGUUAUUGAGCAGAAUGUCCCACAAGAAAGGGUUAUUGAGCAGAAUGUCCCACAAGAAAGGGUUAUUGAGCAGAAUGUCCCACAAGAAAGGGUUAUUGAGCAGAACGUCCCACAAGAAAGGGUUAUUGAGCAGAAUGCCCCACAAGAAAGGGUUAUUGAGCAGAAUGUCCCACAAGAAAGGGUUAUUGAGCAGAAUGCCCCACAAGAAAGGGUUAUUGAGCAGAAUGUCCCACAAGAAAGGGUUAUUGAGCAGAACGUCCCACAAGAAAGGGUUAUUGAGCAGAAUGCCCCACAAGAAAGGGUUAUUGAGCAGAAUGUCCCACAAGAAAGGGUUAUUGAGCAGAACGUCCCACAAGAAAGGGUUAUUGAGCAGAACGUCCCACAAGAAAGGGUUAUUGAGCAGAACGUCCCACAAGAAAGGGUUAUUGAGCAGAAUGCCCCACAAGAAAGGGUUAUUGAGCAGAAUGUCCCACAAGAAAGGGUUAUUGAGCAGAAUGUCCCACAAGAAAGGGCUAUUGAGCAGAAUGUCCCACAAGAAAGGGUUAUUGAGCAGAAUGCCCCACAAGAAAGGGUUAUUGAGCAGAAUGUCCCACAAGAAAGGGUUAUUGAGCAGAAUGCCCCACAAGAAAGGGUUAUUGAGCAGAAUGUCCCACAAGAAAGGGCUAUUGAGCAGAAUGUCCCACAAGAAAGGGUUAUUGAGCAGAACGUCCCACAAGAAAGGGUUAUUGAGCAGAAUGUCCCACAAGAAAGGGCUAUUGAGCAGAAUGUCCCACAAGAAAGGGUUAUUGAGCAGAACGUCCCACAAGAAAGGGUUAUUGAGCAGAAUGCCCCACAAGAAAGGGUUAUUGAGCAGAAUGCCCCACAAGAAAGGGUUAUUGAAAAGGUUGCCCCAGAAGAAAGAGUUAUUGAACAGGCUGCCCCUACGGCGACAGAGGAGAUUGUCACUGUUUCUAAAGAGAAAGAAGAAGUCCCUGUUGUUGAAACAGAGGAAAAGGUUCCCGUUGUGACAAAUCAGACGGUUGUAGAAAAGAUUCAUCCUCCGGCGACAGAAGAGAUUGUCACUGUUCCUAAAGGGAACGAAGAAGUCCCUGUUGUUGAAACAGAGGAAAAGGUUCCCGCUGUGACAAAUCAGACAGUUGUUGAAAAGAUUCAUCCUCCAGCGCAAGAAGAGAUUGUCACUGUUCCUAAAGGGAAAGAAGAAGUCCCUGUUGUUGAAACAGAGGAAAAGGUUCCCGCUGUGACAAAUCAGACAGUUGUUGAAAAGAUUCAUCCUCCGGCGACAGAAGAGAUUGUCACUGUUCCUAAAGGGAACGAAGAAGUCCCUGUUGUUGAAACAGAGGAAAAGGUUCCCGUUGUGACAACUCAGACAGUAACAGAAGAAAGAGUUGUCAAUCAACGGGAGGUUGUUGAGAAGGGUGCCCCCUCUGUCAACGAAAGCGUAGUUUCCAUUCCAAAGAGGGAGGAAGGAGUAGUUUAAAGAAUUGCUCCUGUUGUAAAGAAAGCAAUUACAACAGAGUAGUGAUACCAGGUUGCUGUUUCUCUUAUCUAUUUCAU